ACCCCGCCCAAUCGGCGACCCCACAUUACCACACAUAUAAUCCCAACCGACUUCACCUCACCUCAUCCCAUCAACCUCACCAUUUCUAUCUUCCACAAAACAAACAACUCUUACAAACAAAAUGUGCAAGAAAGCCACCUGCUCCAACUGCAACAAAACCACCUGGUGGGGUUGCGGAAGUCACAUCCCCAGCGUCAUGGAUGCGGUGUCGCAGGACGAGCGGUGCACAUGUACGCCGCAGGUUGAGCGCGAGGGGAAGGCUUAUCCGCCCAAGGCGGAGAAUCCGUGACUGGCCGGUUGCGUGAUUCAGUGAGGGUCGAGGGUGUUUACGAGAUGAUGGAAGUGCUCCGGUGGCUAUCAAAGUGUCUGUGGGAAUACUCGAUCUAUGGUAUAUAGGGAACUUAUUUUUUGAAGAGUGUCUCAAUCGAAGCCAAAGCUAUCCAUUAUCUUAUUUCGAUCAUUUAUCGCAAGCUAGAAUUGGGCGCGCUAGACGAUAGCAAGCAACCUCCGGUUUUGCGCCAGUCGUGCAAUAACUAGAAGAACAGCGCCUACUAGAAGACUCACUCCGGAGUAGGUUGAAAG